AUGGAGACUAGCAGAUUUUCUGAGACCUACACUCCCCCUGGCCGGACGCGUGCUUGGACGAGGAAGACAGUCAUCAUCGCCGGCAACUAUAAGAUCCAGUGCUGCCCGUUCCCCGAGGUUGACAAUGAGCUCGAUUAUAUCUGCAAGAUGGCCAAGCAAUACAUCAAGAACUGGCGCAACCCAUUCGCCACUGCGAGCUGGAUUCAUUUACUCCUUGCCCGAUGCCAUCCGUUCAAUGACGGAAACGGGCGCACGACCCGGCUUAUCGCAUCGAUCCCGCUCAUGAUGCACGGGUAUCCGCCUAUUUCUAUCGGUCUUACCCAGCGUUCUGAUUACUACAAUGGUAUUAACAAGGUUUACGAUGGGGACCACGGGCCCUUGAUUCAGUGUAUUCUUCGGGGGAUGGAGGCCACCAUUGCGAGCGUUCGUAGUAUCUAG